AUGGUCAAUGUCCCUAAAACCCGAAGGACUUUCUGUAAGAAGUGUGGAAAGCAUCAGCCGCACAAAGUGACCCAGUAUAAGAAGGGCAAAGAUUCCCUGUAUGCCCAGGGAAAGAGGCGCUAUGAUCGGAAGCAGAGUGGUUAUGGUGGGCAAACCAAGCCAAUUUUCCGGAAGAAGGCGAAAACCACAAAGAAGAUCGUGCUGAGACUUGAAUGUGUUGAGCCCAACUGCAGAUCCAAGAGGAUGCUGGCCAUUAAGAGAUGCAAGCAUUUUGAACUCGGAGGAGAUAAGAAGAGAAAGGGCCAAGUGAUCCAGUUCUAA